ACGUGGACAGCCAUCCGAAUGUCCGAAUCGGAAUCGAGCGAAAUCCGGUCCGGCAGAAACGGUUUAGAGUGUUUCCGUCCGGAGGUGAGCCGGCAUCAGCUCAAACAUGGCGUCGAUUUCUACGUUUUUAGCCAUCGCCAGGCGAGGUUUUUGCCGUCAAACCUCGACGUCUCCCCUUACCGCCGCGGCGAACUCCCUCCUUGCCAAGCUGCUAAGGGAGUCGGAGCCGGGCGUCAAGAUCGCUCUGGACGCGGAGGAGAGCUUGACGGCCCAGCGUGACGCCUCCUUCUGGCAACCCCUCCUCGCCGCCCUCCACUCCUCCGCUCCAAGGAAAGCACAAUUGCAGGUCUUGGAAUGGAAAUUGGAUAAACUAUGCAAGGAGGGUAUGCAGGACUGGAUCCCUUAUUCAAGACUAAUCUAUUUCUGUGGGAAACUGGGCAACAUUCCAUUUGCAAUGAGGGUCUUCACAACAAUGGAGGCCCAAGGGAUUAGAACAAAUACUUGCACUUUUAACGCUCUGCUUACUUCUUGCUUGUCAAUUGGCAAUGCUGUUACAGCUUUGAGCUUGUUUGAGAUAAUGGAGAGGACUGAGAACUGCAAGCCUGACUUGGCCACUUACAAUGCGUUUGUAUCCAUGUAUUCAGAAUAUGGAGAUGGUCACAGUAUGGUGAGUUGGUACAUGGCUGGUAAGAAAGCCGGGUUUUCUCCAAAUAUUCAAACCUAUGAGUCCAUUAUAACAGGGUUUAUCAGAUUGGAGAAAUAUGAUGAUGCUGACUGGUUUUACAAAGAAAUGAUGUCAAAUGAAAUUUUGCCUAAUUUAACCAUAUUGGAGUCCAAACUUGAAGGGCUCUGUAAGCAAAAGGAUAUGCAUGGUCUCAAAGAGUUUCUGAAAUUUGUUCUUGAUGGAGGGUGGGAAUUGAGUGAACCCAUGGCUGAGAAGCUUGCAAGAAUAUACAUGGAUUUCGGCAUGGUCAAAGAGAUGGAACAGUUGCUUGGGCUCAUCAAACCAACUCUAAAUGUGGAUAUCUUGUCACAAAUCCAUUGUGGCAUAAUAAGAUUGUAUGCCCUAUCAGAUAGCUUGGAUGACAUGGAAUAUUCAGUUGGGAGGAUGUUGAAGGCAGGAAUGAUAUUCACCUGCCCAGAAGAUGUUGAGGCAGUCAUCUCUUCUUACUUCCGUCAGAAGGCUUUCACUAGGUUGGAUUUGUUCUUGGACCGGAUACGUUGUUCAUACAAGCUUGCAAAAUCUACUUAUGAUCUCCUAGUUUCUGGAUACCGCAAAUUUCACUUGCAUGAGAGAUUGGGUUUGAUUGUAAAGGAUAUGAAAAAUGUUGGGUAUGCAUAGUUUCUAACAGUUGGUUUCAGUUUAUUGCUUGCAUUUAUUCAACAUCUGGUGAAGUAACAGUGCUAGAGGGAGUAGUGCUAAUUGUGUUCGCUGACUGCAGUGAAAGGCUUAUGAGAGACUGCGGGCACUUUUGAUUGGCAACUGGAAUCAGAAUUGGAAACAGAAUGGUUUGGAAUAGCAGUCGGAAUGAUAUUUGAAUACUUGAAGAGAGUAAAGAUUUGGUUUCAGAGGGAUUGGGGCAUUCCCAUCCUCCCCUGGAAUUGGAAUGGCAAUGGGACUCCCCCCAACCAAAUGGCUGGAAUAGGGGUCACUCAUGCCCAAUCCUAUUACCAUUCCAAAGUCCAACUUCCCCCCACCCAAAGGUGCCCGGCAUAUAUUUCAGUGGUAAGUCCAUCAUGGGUCUAAAAGAACCAUUUACUUUUGGAUUAGUUUCUUGAUGCAUUGAUAUCUGGGUUGCUGAUUGGUUGAUAAAUAAUAAUAGAGGCAGGUUUGUAUAGCUUAAGAAUGCUAGUAUGAACCAGUUUUUGUCAUUUAAUUUUGCAGUGUCCAUCUGUUAGUGAAACAAAUCAGUAAAAAGAAGCUAUAGAGUGCACAGUUGUGCAAAAGCAAGCAUCUAGCAGGCUAUUUGUUUAAAAAAUAGAUGUAAAAUUACUUGCAGAAGAGGUUGAUAGACAAAAAUGUGGUACACUAUCAGACUUCCAUCAUUGGUGUGAGUGAUAUGGUUGUGCAAUACCAAGCAAGUUUAUUCGUUGAAGGGCUUGAAAAAAAUUGUUACCAAAAAGGCAUACAAAAGAUAUGGGUUAAACCAUGUGGAGACUCCUAUUAGCAGUUUAUAUUCAAAGUCUGUAAAAAAACCGUAUCUAUUGUCCUCCUCAAUCAGCAGUUUAGCUCUUGUACCGAGUUGAUAGCUGUGACUUUCUUUUCUUUCCUUCCUUUUUUUUUUUUGAGAAAUGAUAGCAAUGAUUUUCUGUUUAACCUACUAAUGCAGCAUUAAUGCUUAACUGAAAGUGGCAUCAAGAUAUAUGAGCAGGGGAUCAGAAAUAAACGUAUGUUGUUGUAGGGAUUACAUGGAAUGGUGUUAUCUGAGGUUUGAUCAUCUCUUGCAGAGUCAACUGAGAUAUGUUGCCCAAUUCUAGAGGAUGAGAAACUUGUGUUUUUUCUUAGAGCAAAUAAUACUUUUUCUUUUAGGUAAUUUAUUUGGAUGUUGUGUUUGAUGGAAAUUGUAUGGUGCUGAGCAAUUAGUAAAACUUUCACCUACGUUUUUUAGGGCGU